AUGGGAGAUGUGGUGCAACAUUUCCGUGAUCCAAAUGUGCAGUCGGCCGUGAAGAAUCUGAUGAUUUACAGUUUAACCAUCUUGGCUGUCCCACUCGGUUCAAUGUUCUUUCUAAAGAGGUUCUUGUUUGAGGGUAUGUUCCUGCAAUUUUAAUCCACCAAAUUAUAGUAGUUUUCUAAAAUAAAUUUCUGUUUCCAGGUGUCAUUGGAUAUGACUCGAGUACUUCAAUGACGUAUUCGGCGGUGGUGGCUGUCAUCCUGGUCCAUGUGGUUUUGAUAUUCUGGCUGAUCACUGCUUGUGCCGAUGAUCGACCAAAGAAGGUGGAGAAGAAGGAUUAA